GCCGUGCCUGUUUUCCUUAAAAUUGUUACGUUGCAUUGAUAAACACAAUAAAAUGAGAAUCUCAGCGAGAAGCUCAGAGUUCUGGGUGCAAAUCAUGCUCAAACUUGAUUGAGCUUAAAAGAUAUACGGAAGUGUUAGAGUUGAAAUAGAGGUAUUACUAGGCCUAUAUGCCCAAGUAGAAUCUUUAGAGUCGAAGUAUAAGGUCUUACAUUUUGCUAAAGAUAAUUGUAACCGUGAUCAUGGGACUAAUGUGUCAUGACAUUGCAUCAAAGCCCUACUGCACUGUUUUGAACAAGACAGUCAACGUUAUUCAUAUCAUGUGGGGGUGGUCAUAAUGUUUUGGCUCACCAGUGUGUAUAUGUGAUGGCACUAAAGACACAUUGCCCCUAAAAUAUGCACAAAAAGGCAGAAUUUAAAACGUAUUCAACUCAUCCCAAGAGGUCAUGACGUGAUAUUUUGAAGUAUAUAUGUACUCCAUUUAAAAUACUACAGUAGCAAUGAACUAGCUAUAGGCAUUCUGACGAAAAACAAUCAUUGUAAUAUAUAAUGGAAAUUGGAAUACUCAGACGCAACGAGUAGAUAGUUUCAAGUUUCAGAGAAAGUUGUGAGUAAUCAGAUGUGUCCAAUAGAUGGCAGUGUGGUACUUAGAACAGUUACAAUGCUGCACUACUAUUUUAGAUGCCGUCAUGUCACCCACUCCAACACAUUAGGUGGCGCUGUGCACUCAAUCGAAGAGUUUAGAUCCUUAAUCAGUAAACCAAAGAACAAGCGAAGGCCUGAAUAUAUUUUGCUGUACAAGGGCAGAACGUUGCUGUAUUUCUUCGACCAUGCUAACCUGCUCGCUAAGAGCAUUAAUAGUAUCUGAGUUUACAUGUAAAUGACAGACGUUUUAUAGUUAUAAACGAUUAAAUGUAUUGGGUGGUUUUGAUGCUUUGUUUUGUAUAUGAAGAAACUAUGCUUCUAUUUCAUGCUAAUCCAUUUAUAAUAUCAACGAUAAAUCCUGCCUGACACAUCGCAUCGGAAAUCAGGCUAAAAGAUGUGGUUGAGAAACGUAAACGCUUGCAUCUCCCUAUUCAAUCAACAGCCCUAAUGAUGCAAAUUUAUCUACAAUCAAGUGGAUCAGUCUUCUGAAAGGCUGUUGCUUUUUCGGCGAUGCUACGACUAUUAGCGCAACCGAUCAAGUUGUUCAAUUGUGUAUUGUUAUAAAGGGUCGUCUGAUAUCUUAAAGAAAUGUAAUCAAAUUCAGUUAUAUUAUUUGUUAAUGAUCACGACUCAAAAUGCGCAUGCUUAGUGUUUAGAAACCAGUUGUUGGAUUUAUAUUGCAGGAAUUAUUUCAGUCUACUAAAUAAGAUGAUCUGAAAAUGGAUAGGUGAAUGUUGACAUGAUCUAUGAUUUAUUUAUUCCUUAAGUUUUAUAGAAUUGGGUCAGCCUCAACACAUCGGUUCCUUUGUGACUUCAAUAUUUUGAAGCCCUCUGUAUGCAUAUUAAAACUGUGAUAUUGUUUAAAAAUGAUCCUAUGGACCAUCUAUUGCAUUGUCUGAUUACAGGUUAUGUGCGGCUAAUGUCCCUUGCACAAUGAAUCUGAUCAUAUUUUUGGAAGGGAAAAAAUAAACCCAGCACAAAUUAGUCACAGUAACAUCUACGAUAACUCUAAUUUCAUUCUGAUGUACACUCUUUUGUUACAAUUGUUUUCGAUUGUUAAAUAACCUAUUUAGAUUUUCAAAUCUGACGUCAUGAACCUAAUGCGGCUGUUGUGCCGUCACAAGACGCCCUUGGUAAUCGGGGGACUCUGCCUUUUCGGAGUGAUUCUCCUCUUUCUUGCAAAAUGCACUUCCGAAACCCUGAAAGCCGUAGACUUGCCCGGGGCUGCCCCUCAUUACGAGGUUCAGCAGCCAGAAGCGCGUCCCAAGGAGCUGUCGGCGUUUCUGGUGGUCCUGAUAAUAACCGGACCCAAGUACACAGAACGACGGAGCAUCAUUCGCAGCACUUGGCUGGCAAACCGGGACUCUGAUGUGUUGAGCUACUUUGCUAUUGGCACCGAGGGGCUGCCCAGUGAAGACCUUCAGAAUUUGGGCACUGAACAGGUACGCCAUCGUGACCUUCUCCUGCUGCCACAGCUGAGGGAUUCCUAUGAGAAUCUUACGCUUAAGCUCCUACAUAUGUAUACCUGGCUGGACCAGAAUGUGCAGUUUAAAUACGUCCUGAAAGCUGAUGAUGAUACUUUUGCCCGCCUUGAUCUCAUCAAAGAAGAGCUGAAAGCCAAGGAGGUCAGCAGACUUUAUUGGGGCUUUUUCUCUGGCAGGGGACGGGUGAAAGCAGCAGGCAAGUGGAAGGAGAGUACCUGGGGGCUGUGUGACUACUACUUACCUUAUGCGCUGGGUGGGGGAUACAUCCUGUCAGCUGACCUGGUGCACUAUGUGCAUCUCAAUGUGAACUUCCUGAAGGUCUGGCAGAGUGAAGAUGUGUCUAUGGGGGCCUGGCUGGCACCGGUGAAUGUGCGGCGCACACACGAUCCCCGCUUUGACACGGAGUACAAGUCACGGGGCUGCAACAACAAGUACUUGGUAACGCACAAGCAGAGCUUGGAGGACAUGUUGGAGAAACACCAAACCUUGCAGAAGGAGGGUCGUCUGUGCAAGAAAGAAGUAAAAUUGCGCCUCUCCUACAUCUAUGACUGGAAUGUUCCACCCUCCCAGUGUUGUCAACGGAAAGAUGGCAUUCCAUGAGGCGUCUCGCACCAUUCAUGGGCAUUUAUUUAUUUUUCUCGGCUUCCAUUCUGUUUUGGUAUUUUACUAAAGCCAUUUGUAUUUUUCUGGGUACAGGGCAUGGGCUGAAUGGAGAUAUGAGUGUAUAUGUAUGAAUUCUGUCCUUGUUUUGAUUCCCACAAGGUUUAUCAUUCAGAUGAUUCUGUCUCAUUAUGUCUCUAUUCAGAGAUCUGUGCAAGUGGCCUUGUAAACUGUUUUAAUUUAUUUUAUGUAUUUAUGUGUUCAUGUACUGUCAAGCUGUAACAAAUUUCUGUAGUUUCAACUGUAGUUUCAGAUAAAAUAUGUACUGGGAAAGCUUCUCCAUUUGUUUCUGUUUGGCACUUUAUCACAUCUUGAUAACUGGAUGUUAGUAAAAUUUAGUUUGCUGGACAAAUUUUGAUGAAAUGAAAGGUGGAAAUCAUGCAUUUUAGUCACAUUUUAAAUACAUUAUCUUUAAGUUUAUGAUGUAUUUUUCUUAUUGCAGGUGUGUUUAGAAUUUAAAAAAAAUAAAAUAAAAUUCAGUAUGUUCAGUGUAUAAAAAUAAGUUUUCCAGAAAGAAUAAGUGCAAUAAGUUAUACUUACAUGUGAACUACUUAGAAGUUCUGUUUGAACUUCAAGCAUUAUUUGUAUAUUACUGCAGUUUUGCAAAGCUUUUAAUAUGAAGUAUUGAAGCCUACUAAUAUUUAAUACUGAAACUUUCAUUUUGUAUAUUUCUUUGCCUUAGCUGAUCUGCAUUAUUAAAAGGCUAGUGACACA